AUGUCAAGCGAAGGCAACUCAGACGAUCGACUGAAGAAGCUUUUUGUCGGCGGUCUAAACCGAAGCACCUCCGACGAAACGUUGAAAGCAUAUUUCGAGGAGUAUGGAGAACUGUCGGACUGUGUUGUAAUCCGCGACAGCGGCACCAAAGAGUCCAGAGGAUUUGGCUACGUAACUUAUAAAGACCCGAGCAGUGUAAUCCCAGUGUUGCAGUACAAGAGAGAUACUGGUCCUCAUAAAAUUGACGGAAAGGAAGUCGAAGUCAAACGCGCCAUUCCUCGAGAAGACCAAAGUUCCACAGCUCAUCUGAAAACAAAGAAAAUCUUCAUUGGCGGUUUAGCGGAUGCGGCAACUGCAGAGGACAUCCGAUCGGCGCUCGCCGAGAAUCUUCGCAACAUCUCUCCAACCAGCGUCGAUUUAAUAAUGCGAAAAAGCGACGACGGGCAAGCUCCAUCCAAGCACCGUGGUUUCUGCUUUGUCGAGUUUGAUGACGAAGACUUAGUCGACGAACUUUGUUGUAUCAAAAAAAUCGACAUCUGUGGAAAGAAGGUGGAAAUAAAAAAGGCUGAACCCAAAGAUAAGUCUGGCCAAGGACAAGGAGGUGGCGGUCGCGGUCGGGGUGGUGGCCGAGGGGGUUCCAGGGGCGGUCGAUCUGGCGGCGGCCCCGGUGGUGGCGGUGGCGGUUAUUACCAGGGCGGUGGAUACCAAGGCGGCUAUGAUGCUUAUGGCGGUGGAUAUGAUACCUCUUACUCUUAUGCCACCCAGGGUUAUGGUACUGGCUAUGAUGCUUAUGGAGGCAUGGGAAUGUACCAACAGGCAGCCUCAGGUUAUGGUCCACAGCAGUCAUAUCCUGGCACAGGAGGCAGAGGAGGAGGGCGAUACAGGCCCUACUAGAACAUGAGGUAGGAACUAUUUGUAUUACCGUAAUGAAUAAAUAAAACUGCUUUUUGUGAUGCAUCCUUCAGGAAUCUCUCCUACUUAUUACCGGAAUGCGGGAACACUGGCUUCAGAGGUCCAUUCUCGAAAUACCUAGGAUGGAAUAACCUGUGUGCAUGAUUUUAUAAAGGAAUUGAGCAAGAAAAAACCUUUGACAUCCAGGGUAGAAUAUGGGAAUCUCCUGUUUGUACAAAAAAACUGGGUAUUGCAAAUUUCAUUGUUUCCCCCAAAGUAAAUCCCAAAGUGUUUUGUUAAAUUCAGGUUCACGGAAAGCUUUAUAUCAUUGUGGCAAAAUUUGUUAUCAUUAUUUUUGAGUCAAAGAAAAAAAAACAUGUGAAUCCAUGUUCACAUUAAAUUUUGCGGUUCCUUUGUUUUCGAAAGCAGUCAAAAGCAAGGUCAGUAUUUCAAUGUAGUUGAUGACUAAAACUAAUACUAAUGUUGUUGUUCUAAGAAGGCUAAGCCUGUUCUGUUUUGAUACCUAGGUUUUGUCGCAUUUGAAGUCUAAGUCAACAUAGCCAGACAUAAGUUACAUUAAGGCACCCAGGACCUUAGAACCAAGGAAUCACAGUGUCGCAGUUGCAGUUGAUCGGCCAGUUAAGAUGCAGUAUAGGCUACCUCACAUUCGCAGAUAUCAUCACUUAGAAAGGUCCCAUCAAGUUGCAGUAUUUUAAUUAUUAGAACUUUUUUUUAUUUCAUGAAUUUUUUAGAUUGAUGUGUAUUCAAACUCAGCUGUUAUUAAAAGUGGUUAGGUUAAGAAUAAAGGACUUAUCUCAAUCAGCAGUGGCUAGUUUUCUCGCAUAAGUCAACAAACUACAGACAGGAAUUUAGGAUUUGAUCUCCUGGUUAAAGAAAAGCAGCAAAUUCAUGCGACAUAUCACAGAAAACAACAACAUUUAAGGGGGAGCAGACACAGGGCAUUCUUUUGUUUUUAACAGUUACCCAUCAUUCUCUCAAUAACUGAAGUGGAAAAGUCUCAUUAGCUACAACUUAUGAGAGCAGAUAUGCAAUAUAUUUUCCUCACUUGCAAACUUACAAUCAGAUUGUUAUACCCUUGUAACAAGCCCACUCACUUUGAAUGUUAUAUGCAAAGCACCCCAUGCAGUUGUCAUUCCAAAUAAGAUGAUGAAACCAUUACAGGAAGCAAAUAUUUUUAACAUGCCCUCCUUCUAUGUAAGAGGUCACUUUGUUCAAUCAGUACCGUAUGUGUAUGUUCAGUUUUAGCAUUAAUAGAGCCAGGCAUGAAGUAAGGGCCAGAACCACCCAAAGUAAGAAGGAUUAGGUGAUGUUCUAAAGAAUGCUCUAACAUAGCACACCUACACACACAACUGAAAAAGAAUGAAAAGUAAAAUUUCAUAUACCACCCUAAGCAAGAAUUAGGCAACCAGGGUUCAUUCUGUGCUCCUAGGGAACAAUUGCAGGGUCGCCACGGUCAGGGAAAAACAAAAAUUUUUCAAUGUCAGGGAAAGUCUUUGAUGUUGUCAAAGUCAGUAAAAAGUAAGGGAAUGCUGUUUUCUGGUUUAUAGUUCAUAAGUUUUCAAGACUUUGAAAUGCAUUUUUUUUUGGAGAAGAUGAAAAGUAUGCUGCAAAGCGAUCAAUUUGACACUCAUUGCCUGACACAUGUAGUAGUUGUGGUCAGUGGUUUUCGUCGUGAAUGCUUUCUUCCAAAUUCCUUCUUCUUUCCACAAAAGCCGAGAGAGGUUGAAAAUGAACAGAAAAAUAUUGAUGCCUAGCAAAAAAGCUAAAGUGAAUGUAAACAUAGAUUGUUUCUCAUUAAUAAAAGGUCAGUGAAAACUGUUUAAAGAUCAGUGAAAAGUGAGGGAAUUUUUAACUUUCUGAUGAGUAGCAACCCUGAAUUGUGACAGAGGAAAAUUCAUGCUUAAAACAUGCAAGGAUUGAGAGCUUGUCAAAACUGCAUAAGACCUAUCCAGUUUUUGACCAAAUAACUUUUGGAUGUAUUUCCAUGAAUUGACAAAUUGCAUUGCUACAUGUUGAAGAAGACUUAAGGUAAGCGACUUCUUUUAAAGCCAGAGUAAAUGAGUUAUGCAUUGGUCUAAUAAUGCACAAAUAUGACUAAAUAGGGUGCAACUGGAUUCUCAGUUAGGAAUUUCAAAAUAACUGCCGGAUCUGCAGAUUUCAAAAGUCAGAAGUUGUUACACUGUUGUUUGUUUGCUGGCACUAUUUCAAGGACCAUCUAGCAGCAUGUUGUACAUCACCCAGCUGGAUUCUCUUUAAAGACAUCUGUGGUUGUGGUGACAGGUUAAAAUGAGGUCAUUGAUAACCGAUGAUUAGCUAGAGCUUUUAGAGUCAAAAAUUUGACUCAAUUUCGUUUUGUCGCCUGAAGAUACUCAGUUAUAAGACGCACCCCAAAAUUAUGACAGAUUUAGAGCUAUCAAGCAAACUCUCAUUGAAAUAAUGCUGGGCCUUAUAAGCAAAAAAUACGGUAGCCUUAAAGGGUUAAGGCUUUUUACUUGUGGAUUAUCCGCGAGUAUUGUGGAGAAUCAAGGCUGUGCUCUAAGAAAAUAUUGAAGGGGAGCCCAGUGCUCUGAAACUGGAAAAUCUAGGGUGCCCAGCAUAUGAUUUGUAUGAAGAAGCUGAGAUUUUGUAGUAAGGCGCCAGGGGCCACCCAGCUCUGCUAGAGCACAGCCCUGAGAAUCUGUGCAAAUUUGUCACUCACUCAUAAUGGGAAGUUCAAUCUAAUUAGCCAAUCAGGAUGGCUUUACCAGCUUCAAACACUGUCUAUGUGCAGAAUUGUUAAAGAUAAAAUUAUUUAACUACGCUGUGUAACAUAAGUUGUCCUGGUGCAAAAGGUAACGCAUUGACCUUACACAUCAAAGGUCCAGGGUUCGACUCCUGCUGUGGAAAACUUUUUUUUCCUUUUUUUUUACUUUUGUUUUGUUUUUUUUUUCUUAUGACAUAUGUUCAUUUUUUGACAGACUUAAAAUAUACCGGUAGGCUAAUUGCAAGUUCAACAUCAGCUUUCAUUUUUAUGAUAAUUAAUCCAUGAGUAGCCAUAGGCACCCUUUGAUUUCUUUUUUGAAUCACUUUGUACGCACUGAUAUUAAGUAAAACAUCCCGACCAGUUCUUAUCAAAGGGUAUCAAAAUCUUUCAUUUCCAAGAUACAGCUGAAAAUUGGCUCCAGGUAAUAUUAUACGGUGCAACCUUGAUAUAACGAACCUGUAUGUAACUAACUCCUUUUGUUUAUCCCAGUAAUAGUAAACUAUAAGGAAAAGAACCUAGAUAUAACGAAACCUUGUUAUAGCAAACCAAUUUUGGCAGCCCCUUGGCACUUCAUUACACAUUAUUACAUAAGGUAAAUAAGUCAUUAGCACAAGGGGAAGAAUGAGCAGCCUAAAAAGUUCCGGAUGGCUCAUGUUCAACAGCCUUAAUUAGGGCUUCUUUUUCUUGUGUGAUUUAAGUGGAUGGUUUGUCGUAUAGCUUAAGAAAUUGAAAAAAGGACAGGAAUGGCCACUUGCCGAAACUCAGUUUGGUGAUUUAAAUUGGUGGUGAAAUAUAAGCGAUGUUAUUCUCUGACGACUACAUGCAAAUCCUUUGAAAAUUGGCUAGGAUAAUUGUACAAAAAUUUAAAGAUCCAGGUCCAAUUCAAAAGGAUUUAUAUGGAGUCAGCAGAGCAUGAUAUUGCUUAUAUACCUCCCUGCCCCCUCAGUUUGUUCUAAGAAGCUGAAUUUUGGCAAGGGGACAGUUUUCAUCUUAAUCCAUCUUGAACAUAGCAAUUUACUUUUAAAGUUCACUUAUUUGAUUUGUUGCCACAUUGUGCUUCUUUGUUCUAUCCAGCCAUCUAGUCACUUUGCACUUCUAAUACAUUUUGUAAGCUAGAUGUCUGUAUGUUGGACCAGAGUAUGUUCACUGAUGUUGUAAAUCUGGUCAGGAGCUUUGAUUGGGUUAUGUAGUGAUUGUGAUCUUUAAGCAACAACUUCCUGAACCUGCCUAGAAAAUCUUAUUUGCCACAUCAUUUUCUUUUUGUUGUCUAUUUAAGAUGCAUUAAUUUUUUCCGGAACCCUUUUGCAGAAGAAUUCAUAAUGUUACAACAGGCAGCAAGGAGAAACAGAAACUCGAACAAAUUUGAAUAAAUAAUCGGAUAGCCAUCCUCAUGGCUCCCAGAGUAAUUUAGUAAACAUUGAUUUAUGUCAUCAGGCCAAAACAUAGAUGUUUCUCUCUCAAAAACAUCCUAGUGAUGGCAGGUGAGAAGAGGCUGCUGCAUUCACAGACUAAUGCUGUGCAACGAUGGGAGGGUUGCUCGAACCAUGUAUAAUAUUAUUUUGACACUACCCUUAAACAAAGGAAGUAGUUUUAAAAGAAACCUGGAAAAAAGGUACAUGGGCUUAAUGGAGGAGGCGGGGGGGGGGGGGGGUGGUGUUGAAACGUAAAAAUGUUAUUUAACUACAGAGUUGAUGAAUUGAGUUUUAAGAACACAGUCAACUCUCUUGAAAGUGACCCCCCCUUGGUGCACAACAAAAUGGUUGCUUACGGGAGGUGGUCGUCUACCAGAAAAAUCAAGAAAACUAACCUUCUUCCAAGCUAACCUUGCAUGGUCAAAUAGACAACUGGCUGUCAAGUUUCACACUGAAUAGAGCUUGGAACUGUUGAAACUUUUUACAUAGCAUUUUGCAUCAGUGUCACAAUCAACAUUUUUACCCACAGAUUGUAUUGCAGCCAUCUUUUUUGUAAGUCAGCUGCUGUAAAAUGUUGGCAUGCCUAGUCAGCAAUAUUAAAAACUGAUUUUUUGGGACAUUGGAGCAAUGGUUUUCCUACAAUCAUACAUGAUUAUGCCAGAUGGUCACUCACUGGAAACAGAAAACAAAAAAAUAUGUCAAAUUUCUGGCCUAAAGUGGUCUAAAGUUUCUGGCCUAGCCCUAAUACCUACACUCGUAAAGAUUUUAUUAAAUUGACCCGGCCCAGUACCUCUCAUGCAAAAAGACAUUAUUACAGUGCAAGUAUAGGGAGGGGAAUACAUGUAGGUGACCAUUUCCUACUUUUCCUGAUGACUCUUUAUUCCUCAAAAUCUUGACUGUGCUCUCUUCCCAUACUAGUAAUAGUUGACACUACAGCUGGCCCAGCUCUGUUGUCAGUCAAUUGUAUCCUAAUGGUUGUUGUGUAACUGCUCUUUGAAAUAUACCAAUAAUUGAUAAUGAAGAUUUUCACACAUUUUCCAUACAAAUUAUAGGUGAGAUAAAAACAGGAAACGCCAGGUUCCAUGCACUGAUUCAUUUUGAUUCACACAGCUUUGAUCAAAACAUUCUCAGUUUUGAGAACGCUUUAUUCUAAUUAAACCACAAGAAAAGGUCUGAUCAGAAGCUGGACUUUUUCACCAUUUCUCUUUCACUUUUUAUAUACAGUUCAUUUUACAUGCCGGAAAGUAAGUCUUAGAAAUUAAGAGGUUUGAUCAAUUCACGCUCGUUCAUUCUAGUCAUUUUUUGAACUAUAAUAUUAUAAAGACGUCGAUGCUUAAAAAGAACUUGUAGAAAGACAUCUGCGGGCAGGGAGUAGGUCAGCACAUAAUUUAUGAAUUUCUGUAAUCGUCCAUCAUUCUACUAGUGAUAAGCUAGCUGUUGAUUCACUCGUCUUGCUUGUUUGUUGACUGAGUCUUAUUCCCUCAAAGAGAGGGAGGGUGUCUGUUAAAUAAUGUUUCCAAUCAAAGAUUUGUGAAUGAUAAACUUGUGUCUGGCUAACUCUCCAAGUGUUUAUACAUACAGAUUUGUAAGCACCUUAUAACUUCAUCUGUGCUUAAUGAGUGUCUUUUGGUCCAUAACUUUCAAAACAGCUGCUCCACAUAAUGUCAUUAACACGUAAUGCAAAAGAGUAUCGAAGUACGACUGUACAACAAGUGUCACAAAAUCAACCUAAGCAGUCCCUUCGCAGAUUUUCUGUUUUACAUCUCCCCAACCAUCUCCUACUUGUGGGUGUGGACAAUAGAAACAUCAUCAUUACCCAACUAUUCCAUGCGGCCCCUACAAAUCAAAAUUUUUUCUGGUAUACAGACUGUAUAUUUCAACUGUAAGUACUUUUCUUUAUAUACGCGUGAGCUACUAGGGUGCCUUCUCCUGCGGGGACAAUUAAAUAAGGCAGGAAAAGGACAAAGAGCCUGACACAGCCAAAGUUCAUCAUGGUUUCCAUGUCCUAAACCCUGGGCCCAUGACACAGUUGUUUGAAGGCCAAUUUUUUAGUGCCAUCAUGGGGUUAAGUUUUAAUUUGAGUUUCUGUUUUGUUGUUCUUCAAAAUAUAAUUUUCUUUAUUCAUUUCAGAGAACUAGUGAUUAUUUCGGUCAUCCAGUCAAUCAGCUUUCAUAUCUAAAUUCAAAUUUCACUCCAUCCCUAAGUUAUUGUGACCCAGCUUUGAACAACCUGGUCCAGGAGUUUGCGAACCCCUGUCCCCCAUCCCUGGAUAAGAUGCAGUUCAUUGUAAGGUAUUACCCGCAGCUAAAUGUUGCCAGUUUUCCUAUAUAUGCCUUGGUGAAGAAAGACAGUACAGUUAAAUGGAGGAAAAUUUCUUUGUCUAAUGAAUCAGAGCGAUGUUUAUAGGCUAGAAUCAGUAACCAUUAAUGUUGAGGCAAUCUGGGACUUUCACUUAAACCAUGAUGCAAUUUGUUUUUCCCCCAACAUUUUGCAAGUUUAUUUGUUAUAUUACAAUCUGUUUGCAGUCCAACUGACCUUUGUUUGCAAAUUUUGUGGGGAAAAGAAAUUAUUGCAUUAUGGAAAGCUGCAAAAAUCUAGAUAAAUACGUGCGUAAAUGGGCACUCUUUAUCUUUUACAAAAUCAGCCAACACUAUGCUAUCAAGCAAUAGUGUAGCUCCAACCAUAGGUUAAAGUAAGGGAGACUGCAGUUAUGCAAGACAGCAAACAUCAAAGAUGAAAACAACAGUGCUAAAGUUUAUGUUGGAAGUUUUCUGAUGUUGCACAAUCCUUUGUUUUCUGUUCUCAAAUUGUGACAGAAUAAAUUAAUGCAAUGUUUAUCACUCAAUAAGAUCCUAAUGAUAGGAAUGCUAAUGAAUGUUAUGCACCUUCAAGUCUACAAAAACAAGUAAACUAUGCAACAACACACGACUUACAACCUCUUUACUUUCACUGGUAAAGGGUUAGGGUUAGACUGCAAAAUUUUUCUCUGCAAUUAAGUUGCUCUUUAGUAGGUGCCCUUAUUAGAUGAAAAAACAAAAGUAAAGCUAACUUUUUUUUUACUAUCAGUUUUCCAUAUAUAAUACAAUGAACUUUUUUCUGACCAGAAGGUGAAAAUCUCAUUGAGCUGUUCAAUGUUCACUGACAGUUCCACCCUGUAUAAAUUUGUACUUGAUGCGUGAUUUUGCAGAAGAAUAGGAGUUUUCUUAAUUGAAGAAUGGUUUUCUCAUUUUAAACCGUCUGCAGUGUGUGCAGUGGUUUUAUAAAAGAGAAAUGUGUGGAAUGAAUACGGUGCAGGCACCCUCAUGAAGAGAGUGGAAAUCGAGGACACAAAGCAAAAUGGGAAAUUUGUAAUGUGCAGGCAUGUUUAAAGAGACACUAGUUGGCAAUUUCAAAAACAGAUGGAUCAACUCUAAAAAUAUGUUUGGAAUAUGUUGUGGGCAGGCCAAAUGUAACUGAUAUAACCUCAUGUUAGAAGUCCGAAACAAUGACCUUGUUUGAUCAUGAGUGGUUUGCUUGAAAAUUUUGGAUAUUUCUCAUUCUCAGGGCCAGGGUCGACUGCAGGUGAGCACUUAAAUUUGCAUGGGUCUAAGAAUGAGUCGCAGGAGGCAGAGAAGGGAAAGUAAACUAUUCUUCUUGAUUGUUUUGGUGUAAAUCUGACCGCAUGUUUACUGCAUAUGAGUGAUCUAUUUGCCAGAUGUAUCUUUGAAAUCACCCACCAAGCAUUUAUUAGUGGAUUAAAGUGCUUAAAACCCACACAAAAUGUCUCACCAUGUAAUGGCACUGUACUUAAAGUGGAGUUGUUGCUGAUUGAAAUAUGUACGAUCUUUCCAUUUUAAAUGCUAAGUGUGAAUGUUUAUUAAACAAAUUGUUUUUCAGGAGUGCAGAUACAUGAUGGAAGGGCAAAAUGUCUUGCACCAUGUUUGGCUAGCAACAGAUGAAAUUCCACUCAAUCUGCUGCAAAAGUACUACUUAACAAAUCGUGAUUGUUGUGAAUCAGUACCGUAUAAAUCAAUUAUGCAAUUAUUGUGAUUGCACCACCACUGUAACAGAGAUGCCAACCUCUUGAGAUCUUAAAUCUGGAUAUCAGUACUCCCGUAUAUGCCAACUCUCCUGUAUUAUCCGAGAGUCUCCCGGAUAUGACACCAAUCUCACGGUCUCAGGGCUGUCAACCCCCCACCUCUUUAAAUAUUGAGAACUGAUAGGGAAGGGAUGAUUGAUGACGUCAUAAUAUACCAUAAAAUUCCGAAAAUAAGCCUCGGGGCUUAUAUUUUUCAAAGGCCCUUUUUGAGGGGCUUAUCUAUGGAAGGAAAUUUGCAUUUCAGAAUCGAUUGCCUUUGGGCUGGCGUUAUAGCUGGAAGGAAAUUUACCUUUUUUGCUUUGUAUUACUUUGUAUUUGAGGGCAAUUGCCAAGUACAAGCCCCUAGGGGGGGGGGGCUUAUAUUUGGAGGGAUGAUUUAACGGAGGGUUUUUUGCGUUACGAGUUUGGAGGGGCUUAUUUUUGGAAUUUUACGGUAUGACACAUGACAUCAUUAAUUGUGCUAAAAAUACUUGUUGAGUCCAGUCAUCAGGAAUUUGUGAUGAUACAAAAUGCUCAAAAAAGAUGUUGUUGGCAUUGUAACAUUACUCCCACCAAUCACAUUAUUGCAUAAUAUUACAACAGCAUACCAGAGUUUAUGAGGAAAUAUAGCUCGAACAACACAAAAUAUUUUUAAUUUUAUUGACGGAAAUUCAAGCCUACAAGAAAUGGCAAACUUUGGCGAUUCAUUUGAGCAUUUUUCGCCUUUUGAACAUAGUUCAGCUGCAAUUAAGAUUGGUGUCGGAAUCAAUUCGGCCGGUCUAAAUGAUUUGGGUCGGCCUUAAUUCAAAUUAGGUUCGGCUCAUGAAAAGUUUGGAGUCUGAACCCGGCCCAAGUUAAGAAAAAGAACAUUUUUUGUGUUGUGUUCAGGUACUAUGAAGUGGGUGCCUAAAAUUAGGAACGUUUCAUGUGGCAGUCAUGAAACAGCAGCUAAGAAAUGUACAAAAAAAGCAUGGUCAUGUGCAAAGUGAUUAUUUUGCUGAUGUAAACCUGUUGCUUUUUUGUGGCCGUUGCCAUCCAAAACUUUGGCUACCAUGGCAAUAUGACGUCACACUUACCUAUAUUAGAAUUGUGCAGUAUAAUUUUGUUUUGCUCCAGAUUCUAUUUUCAGGUCAUUUGAAAAAGAUGAGAAGUAAAGAGAUCACUUUGUCAGUUCACCAGGAAAUGGUUUGAUCAUUAUAAUUUGAUCUUGUCGAUCUUUGUUACCUUUAUUGAACUUGAAUAAAUUGAAGUACACACCUGAGAAAAUUAACAUUUAAUUGCUUGAGUUGUUGUUGUAGUUUUCUCACAUUGGGACACCUCUAUUCAGGGGACACAAAAUUUGGUCAUGGAAAAAUGUCCACAUAAUCUGUUACCUCUAUUAAAGGGUCACCUCUAUUCAGGGGAAAGGAACACUUUUGCUGGGUUCUCAAACCCGGUUUUAACCCACAUAAAUAAUUUAUAGUCACAGAGCAGAUGGAUGGAUGGCCCCUGACUAUAAAUAAAUUAUUGAAUUGCCUGGUGCCCAGUCAUUGCUUUUUGUGGUGUCAGUCACUCUUGAGUGCUAAGGUGACCCUGACUAUAAAUUAUGAAAUAGCCUAUUAUUUAGCCAAUAUUAGCCUGACAGGUUCUUGAAAACUAGGGUCUUAAUACAUGGGUUUUUGCUGUAGCUGGCAGAUUGUUUGUGCUGGAUUACCACAGUAAGAGUACUGCAGUGUGUGGAACUGCUCUUGUCUUGGCCAUUGAAAUUGGUACUCUAGGAGGAUUUUAGGCAUCAAAAGAACCUGAAUGGACUAGGUGGGAUCAAACCCCACCCCCUUGCCUAUUCCACUAAAUGACAAAAGAUUGUGGAUAUAGUGUUUCAGUGAUCAAGGUUUUUUCAAUGGCAGAUGAAUACCAGGAGCUAACAUUGAAAUAUUAUUGUUCUUGUUUAGUGGAAACAUUAAGCAUUUCAUACAGGACCAGACUUUGGCUGACGUCCCCUGUCUUUGGCUCUUUAGGUUCCAUGGUAGCAACAUGAAUAAAGGAAUUAACCAAUUGGUUUGAAAUUGCCCAUUUUCGAUAUAAAAUCAUCAAAUUAACCAAACUGAGCUUGAAACAGGUUUGUGCACUGAAAGAAUGCAAUUCUCAGCAGUGCAGAAGUGUAAAAAAAAGAAAAAAUCGCAUAUUUUACAUGUGUAUUCAAAUCAUUUGCAUAUUGGACACGGAAGAAAGUGUCCAAAUGUCCCAGUAAGGAUCAAGGAAUGACCCACCCACCGCCCCGCUGUGACUCAAAAGAUAAAUAAGAGACUGCGCGCAGUCUACAAGACUAGCUGAACGACUCAACCCUCGCACAGUGCUCAAACACUAUUAGACUACGAGUGGUCCCUAUUUUCACUCAGAGAUAGUAGAGCGAGCGAAACGCAAUCUCUCCCCACCGCGUCUCGCUUUUCUCGCUUGGGGUGAUUUUCACGGGCGCUCACGUUUUGCUCGCUCUACUAUCCCUGAGAAAAAAUGGGGGUACUCGUACUCUAAAAUACUAUUGACCCACCUCCUUUUACUUUACUGCGAUCCAGCCCACCCUAUUCUUUCUUACCAGUCUCUAUUAUGGGUGUAAGCAGGGAAAGAACGGAGCGCGCGAGGGUAAGCGUGUUUGCGAAGUGCGUCUACUUUCAAGCGCCCGGUACGCAGGCCCGCCCCCUCGUUAGGAGGGCGGAUAAAGGUUUGCUCGUUACAUUUGAAACCAAAAUCGGGCCCGGGGGGGGGGGGCACCCAAGAAACCUACUUUACGACUCUGAUCAUUUCAUUUCACACAAGAAAUUAAGUCUUUUAAAACUAUUUAAAACAUCAUGAAAUUUGAGUUUUUUGAAAAUACAAUGCUGGUAUCACUAUUAGGGGCACCCAACGACCAUUUUUGGUAAAAUAUCUGUUCGUAGAAGAAAAAAUUGCCUGCAACUUUCUAUAGCUUUAAGAAGGCUAAAAAUUUCUAGAUGACCGCCCCAAUCGAUGUAUAAUUUUCAAAGCUUAUCAAAUAAAUUCCCGACGAUUUUCUACUGUUUUAUUUUUCGCGAUUUCAUUCCCCAGGUUUAAUAAGCCAUUUUUCGUAGAAAAAGUAUCCUCGGAGACCCAGGGGCGGUCUGUCGGGCCGGGAGAAAAGGCGCGACGAACGUUUUCUUUUAACCCGGCCCGCUGAUCGCCCUUGGGUCUCCGACGAUGUAGAAAAGGAAACCUAAUUUUCGGAGUCGAAAAUGCGAUGGAGAGAGGAAUCAGAAAAAUUCUUGCUUUGGAAAACUUCAAAUAGCAUCUAAAAUUUUCGGGAAAAUAAUACUGAAGCCCAAAAAUUUCGAAAAGAGUCAAGUUGCCCUUAUACCCUUGCUCAUGCUCCAGUAGCCUGCGAAGCGCCAGACGCAUUUCCGGUCGUCGCUUCUCUCCCUCCGAAAAAUAGGGAGAGAAGCGACGACCGGAAAUGCGUCUGGCCCUUCGCAGGCUAUUGCAUUUGCUCCAGAGGCCCGUUCUCAAAAUACCUGGGAUGACUGUAUCAGGAAUUAGAUAAGAAAAAAAUAACCAUUUAGUGGUAAGCCGUUUGAAUUAUCUUAGCUUGCAUUGUGGCCCUUAGAGUUGUACGAACUAGCUAAGUAACUUUUUGUGUGGACUGUUGACUGAAAUUAAAGAACUGGGUCAUGUCAAUGUUUCAUGAUAUGUUUUUAAACAUUUAUCAGGGGCACCCAACGACAAUUUUUGGAAAAUAUGUGUUCGGAAGACGAUUUGUAGGAUCUGGAAUUUUCGGAACAUUUGCUGUAAAAUUUCUUGCUUGCCUGCCUAUCCUAGGAUUUUCGAACAUCUAAAAAAAUGGUAUAAUUGCCCAUUUUUAACGGAAUUUUACCCUUAAAAGGUCACCUAGCCUGCGUGGCAGGCGCAAAAAGGGGAGGGGGAGGGGGGAGGGAGAAAGGGAAAAGGGAAGGGAGCGCCUGCUCUAAGAGCCUAUGUUUUUGCAUAACGCCUACCAAUUUUCUAGUAAUUCGAUUACGCUUACUGUCAAUCAAGUGUCGCUACACUAGCCAUUGCAGAAAAGCAUUACACUCACGGACUAAAGAAAUUCGCUUAGUUAUUCAGAUCCAGAAGGCACUUUGGAGAAAAUUGGAACCCUUAUUCAGCCGUGAUAAAAAAAGCUUUACGCUUCAAAAGAGGUCAAAGAAAUUUCGCUUGCAUCAGAGGGCAAAUCCUGCCGACCAGAAAACAAUGGGCGCUUUCCAUUUACGAAAAAAACCCGGAAAUUUCGGUGGUAGCAAAAGUGGAAUUUCCGAUCGGUAAAAAGUUGUUCCAUUUGGUCGUAAACCCCGGUACGUGGCCGGGUGCCCGACCGUGGACCUGGAACUGGUACAAAAUACAAGAAACGUCAAUGGAACACGACAUUCCGUUCGGAAAUUCAAACCGGGAAAACGGGACCACCUUUUCAGAUUUUCCACUUUUUCUGGGAGUUUUCCAGUGGGACGAACCGACGAAACGUGUUCCAUUUACCGCCGAACCGGAAAUUCCGGAAAUUUUGACUAAAUGGAAAGCGCCCAAUAACUACAGUCAAUCGAUAUGUAUGUCAUGACCUCUCAGUGUGAAACAUGCGGCUAAAAUAACAUUUGCUCAGUAUAAUUGCAGAACCUUGAUAAAUUGGCUAAAUCUUUCGCUGGGUAGCCCAACAAUUCCAUCUCCUGCAACUGGUCUUCGAUAAUACUUUUCAGUGGCGAAAUGACGAGAAUCGCCGCAUUACCAUUUAGCUCUUAGUUCUUCGCGCGUACAAACAUUUGGUAGAUUAAACUCUUGCCGUAUCCGGUCCGCAAAACCGCCAGAACAUCUCUGUCGGCUAAAAGAGCCCUUACUGCUGAUUCUUGCUCUGGUUUUAAAACAGCUUCUCUACCACUAGAUAAAUUCACAUCUCUCAAAGCACUCUCUACGACAUCGACGUCUACCGCUGCCAUCUCGACUGUUUGUUGAUUUGUGAAACGGGCAUUUCAAUAUGUUACUCAUUACGGCUCAGCCAAUCAGGAAUUUGCGGACGCCAGCGUCCGCAGAUAUGAACAAAAGGGGGUUCUUAGAGCAGGCGUCCCCUCCCCCUCUCCCCAAUCCCCCUCCCCUUUUUCCCUUCCUCCCUAUCCCCUACCCCCUACCCCUUUCGACGCCUGCUACGCAGGCUAAAGGUCACCUAGAAUUUUCGGGAGCCUUUUUUCUGGCUGAGAUUUUCGAAAAGGUAAGUUUUGAUCCCUAUAUUUUCGGAUCACUAGACUUUCAGCUAGGAAAUCCGAACGGAUGAAAAAUUUUUAGGGGAUAAAAAUAUGCCUAUAUCUACCGUUUAAAUACUAAAAUACGUUCAGCAAUGCUAUGUUUAAGUGGUUUUAAACUAUAUUCUCGUCGGGUGCCCCUGAUUUAUCAACAAGUAUUCCCGAUGGAUCCGGAAUCCGUUCAUUUUGUCGGAAGGGGUGUUGUUUUUCCUCUAGAGUUACAUAAUAUGUGCGAGGUACCUUAUGGCACUGACCACAGCGCAAAAUAGGCGUUUUUGUAAAAUGAGGCAUUUUUUGUUCUGAGUGCACUCUACUUUUUAUAUUGUCUGUGGCUCCAUGUUGUUCCAUGAAGGACUUUUUCUUGGACCUACUCUGGUAAACAAACGGCUUCGCCGCGAAUUAUCAGCAACCAGGGUAGUUGCCCUAGAAUAUAUUAAAUAUCAGCAAGUCCACAGCGACGAACCAAUGAGUGGUGCCGGAUCCCCAAUCUCUCAGUUGUAGACCCGGAUUAGUACAAUAACAACUUGUAGAAAAAUAUGAAACGGCAAACAGAUCCUUACAGCAAGGCGAGGAAGAAGUAAAUAAAAGAAAAAAGAACAAAAAAUAUGUAUUUAAACAAAUUUGCCCUAGGAUGACCGAACAAAAACAAAUUUUAUAGCGCCGCUUAGAAUGUAUUCAUAGGGAUCCAAAAGUACUCUGGAUACUCUAAAAAUCGGUUUUCGAUGCAUUUAGGAGGAAACCGACGUUGGUUGUCCCUGCCUGGUCACCGCGCAUCGCCAACCUUCACGUUCUUUUUAACGUUUCCAGUCCAAAAAAACACCCUGACCUUGUUCGACACGCAAAAUAGUGAGACCGUGUACCGUAUUUUAAGUAUCUACUAAUCUAGCAUAAAUCACAAAACAGCAUGAAAACCUUAACAUACCCGCCUUGGCCAAAUAAGGGAGUGCCCCCGCCCUAACCCCCGCCUCACUCCGGGCCCUCGGCCCCGGGCUCCUGUCGAGCGCCUCGUUGUCAUGUUAGUUACUGGCCAAAAUAGCGCGGGCUCGGGUAGCUGCAGACCACGUGACUUUGAUCUUGGCUAGCUGCCUGAUUCCUGCCUCUCGCUCUGUCGCUUUGUACGCGUGGUCGGCAGUAUUCACAGAUCAGAAAGUGUUCUGGAACUUUGCCUCCAGGUAAGACUUAUCGAACCCUGCAAUUAUGAACCUCGUUUAUUGCUUUAUCCUUCCUUUCUCAAGGUAUAUAUUUUGUUUUCUUGUGAUAAAUAUGAAGAAUUUUCUUGCUUUCAUGCUUCAUUCUUUCGUCGAUGACGUAUUCCAAAAUGCAAGUUUUUAAUAUCCUUCCUUGAUAAAAGCUUAAAAUGAGAAUAAAGACUGAAGAGCUUUUGUUGAAACUUUCUCUCUCACUACAUAAAAGAAGCGUCGUGAACUGGGGUGCUUUAAGUUUGCUGACGAAAGAAUUCAAGUAAGUUAUUCGUUGGCCACGUGUAGAGAGAAAGCCAAGCUUUCACGGUAAUUUAUUCCGCGGUGUGUUUCAAAACCGCGUGGUCCCCAAUUUUCUUUUUGCAGUAAAUGAAGCUUUCGACAACGUGAGAACUAUUUAUACUUAAAAUUACAUUACCGUACUGAACUGACAGUUGUGUUGGCAGAAAAUUCUAACCAAUGCGACUUCUGCCGCCGGAAUUCCUUUCCGCCGCCAUCGCAAUGCAGCGAAGUGUCAUGGCGUCUACCGAGGAUGACAGCGUCAUUAGAUGACAAAGUCAUUGGAUGCGUGGACGAUGGAUCUAAAGAUGGGUAACUAGUACACUUAUACGCUCCCUAAGGGCUACAAGGCGACGGAUUCCUCGAAAAACAUGUAUGUUUUACACAGUGUGAGCUUGUAACGCUUGGAUAGGGCAAGAAGAGAGUUUCCUGAUGAAGUUUUCAUACCUUUCUUCAAAUUUGAAUUUCCAUUUUAAACAGACGCAUAUUGCUCUGUUUUCAAGAGACGUUUUCCAGUUUCCUGAAGAUUUCUGAGUGAACAAAAUAAGGGAAGAAAAUUACAAAGGUGCAUUCCUCGGCUGAAGUCAACUGCAUAGCAAACGUGACCUAUCCUUUGCAGACAAAGAAAGAUUGUUUCAGAGAAGUUUCCCAUUGAUUUUCCUGGUUCCAGUUUCAACAGUUUGUUUUCCAUCUAUUCAUGACAAAGAUGCAAAGAAGCACGUCUUCCAAGGGUUUUCUUUUCAAGUUAUCUCUUCAUGUUUUUAAUUUUGUCCUUACUGCAUUUUUGUACAGUCUUUGUGUUCUAUGGAGCUUUAAAGGUUUUGUUUGUUACCUGGCACACUAGCAUUGAAGAAAUGUAUAUUUGACACAAGGUUAACAUUAUUAAGGUGAAAUGAUCCAUGUAAUUCAUUCACCAAGUUGUCUUGCACCAGUGAGGUAUUUCAGUUUUUAGUGAUAGCCAGUCUAUUUUUUGUAAAUUCCCAUACUCUUCUCUGUUUUGCUUAUAAACUUUUUUAUCCAGGAGACAAAGCGCAUUUUUGCUUUGUUGGUGUUUUGAGGGUCCUCACAAAAUUUGUUAAUUCCUGAACUUCUGCUCAUUAUUGUACAUUAAUUAGUGACAAAAGUUUCCACCUUAACGUGGAAGGAAAAAAAAGCCUCAUUGAGCUGAGAGCACAAAAGAUUUAGGAUUCUUUAUUGCUUCUGAAAGGAUAUAAGUAUUCCUAAAAAAGCGUAUACAUUUUUCCUCACAAUAAUGAUGUUUCUGUAUCAACUUUCAUCUGUUUUAUGUUGUUGGCCGGAAUAUUGUUGUGUUUGUUGACUUGCCCUGUUCAAAGUGUAUUUUUUCAAAUGUCAUUUAUCAGCCCAGAAUCAUUUUGACCUUCUGUUUUGAAAGUAGAAGCCCUUUGGUAGUUAGCGUUUAUCACCAACAUAAUUUAACCCUAGUUAGUAACCUCCGUAAAGCAGUGCCCAAAUCCUUGUUCUGGGCCCUAAACGGACUCAACAAUUUAACGGAAAUGUGUUUUGAAUUUCCUUGCAACCCAAUUGGCAAAGCAACAAUGGCUUUUUUAACAGGCCAAUCAUGGCGUGCACUCAAAUCCUGGUACACAGAUGGGGCCUAGAAGAAGGAUUUUGGCAUUACUUCUCAGACAGACUUAACCAGAGUUAAGUUUUGUCUGUUGCGCAGGCUACUUGGUAGUAAAGCAGUGCAUUGCCCAAAAUUAGUUUUUAAACAGAACACAUAAAUGCAUAUGCUGUGGUUUAUUUUCUAUUAUUUUCCCUUGUUCCAAAUUUAUUAUCGUACAUUUCUCUCCUAAAACAAAGGAAAAUAAAAUUGAACCACAACUCAUACAUUGAGCAUACAUUUUUGAUAGUUGACUAAACAUGCCUCUGGUGUGGAAAAAGCAGCAUUUUUGCAUUGUGUUGUGAAAACACCUUCAUCGUAAAACUGGUUCUUUUGAAAUGACCCAUGUGCGAAAAAGUUUGAUGUAGAUCAGCUCAUUCCAGCUUUACUUCUAAAUAUUGAAGCUCAUCAUUUUUUACUAUUAAUGGGAUAGUUUUCUUGGUUAAAUAAAUUUUUAUUCAAACAGCCCACUGUGUCAGUUUCUCAUUUCUCUUUUCAGCAAUUUUUGAGUUGUGCUUAUUUCAUGAUUGUAAAAAUAAUUUCUAAGUUUUAGUUUGCAGCUUUUGAACUAAUGUUUGACUUUUACAUUAUUAAUUUUCUUUUUGAUAAAAUUGUGCCAUUAUGUCGAUGGUCCUUUUUUGCUAUUUAAGGUUAAUAUGCAUUCUACUAGUUGCAGCCAUUUUACCUGUUGUGUGUUGUAAUACUGAUUGAUAAUUUUGGCCUCUUCUUACUUGUAGGGUUGAUCUAACAUGGCUACCGAGAACUGGCAUGAGAAUCCUGAUCUCAAGAAGCUUUACGUUGCAAAACUUAAGCCUGAGACCUCAAAAGAAACUGUGAGAGAGUUUUUUGCCAAUUAUGGAGAAGUAACUGAAGUCAAUAUUGUCAGCGACAACGAGGGAACGCCAAGAGGAUUUGCUUUUGUCACAAUGGCUGACCAAGCAAUUGUCGAUACCAUUUUGGAGGACCGACCACAUUCCAUUGAUGGUCAGACUGUGUUUUUACGGCGAGCUAUUCCUAAAGAUGAUCCAAACCCCUUGGCUCAGACAAAAACUAAGAAGCUGUUCAUCGGAGGAUUAAACGAAGAAGCCACAGAACAAGACAUCAAAGAAGUGCUGGCCAUCUUCACUCGCCAUCCUCCAGAGCAGAUCAAACUAAUGCGAGAUCGCAACACUAACAAGUUCAAGGGCUAUGCAUUUGCUAUAUUCCACAAUGAAGAUAUUGUAGACAAGCUCUUCAUUGUUAGGAACUGCACCAUCAAAAACAAGAAGGUUGAACUGAAAAAAGCAGAAGAGAUAGGAGGACCAGGAGGUCGUGGAGGAGGUGCAGGUGGACGUGGUGGCCGUGGUGGUGGUGGUGGAAGAGGAGGGAGAGGUGGUGCCCGUGGUGGUGGAGGUGGAGGUGGAAGUUAUAGUUAUGGAAGUCAACAGUACAGCGGUUAUUACAGUUAUGAAGAUCCCAGUUAUAGUUAUGGUUAUGAUGCAUAUGAUAAUGGGUAUGGGCAAGCGUAUGGUGGGUAUGGCAGUUAUGGUGGUGGAGGCUAUGGUGGGGGCUACAACAUGGGUCAAUACAGCUCUGAACCUUCAGGCUAUGGACCAAACAGGCGUGGAGGAGGACGUGGACGCGGAGGAGGCACUGGCGGCGGUGGAUAUAAACCUUACUAG